AUGUUUUUAACAUCGCCGUACUUAAGAACAAGACAGACAUGCAACAAUAUUAUUGAGGGUAUCAAGAAUGUGUCUGGAGUUGAAUAUGAAGUUAGAGAGGAACCACGAAUGAGAGAACAAGAUUUUGGGAAUUUCCAACCUUCUCUGGAUGAGAUGGAGUUGAUUUGGAAAGAACGUGCCCAGUACGGACAUUUUUUCUAUCGAAUACCACAUGGAGAAAGUGCAGCCGAUGUUUAUGAUCGAGUGGCCAGUUUUAUGGAGUCAUUAUUCCGCCAAUUCAGAAAUGACGAUUUCCCUAAUAUCUUAGUGUUAGUCAGUCAUGGGAUAUGGUCUCGAGUUUUCAUUAUGAAAUGGUUCAAAUGGAGUUAUGAAGAGUUUGAAAGUUUGAAAAAUGUGCCUCAUUGUAAAUAUUUGGUGAUGAAAAAAGACGAUGAAACACAAAGAUAUCAUUUGAAAACAAGGUUGUUGACUUGGGAUGAUGUUGAAGAUGAUGAUUUAGAUGUAGGACAAUGUCUGUUAGAUGAUGACGAGGUGUACAAACUCAUUCAAGAUCAAAAAGAUACAGUCAAUUCCACAAGAAAUAAAAAUAAAAGAAUCGAGGAAAUGUACAGAAAAGCACAUGGGCCGGAAUCCAAAUACACCGAUUAUAAAGAGAAAGUAGUAUCAAGAUUCAAAGUGGACAAUCAGAGUGUUGUUAAUAGUACUGAGAGUUUCCAUUAG